AUGCAAGGACUGCUGACCUUCAGGGAUGUGGCCAUCGAAUUCUCUCAGGAGGAGUGGGGAUGCCUGAACCCCAGUCAGUGGGAACUGUACAGAGAUGUGAUGUUAGAGACCUACGGACACCUCGUCUUCUUGGGUCUUGUUGUGUCAAAGCCAGACCUGUUCAUCUUUUUGGAACAAAAGAGGGAGCUAUGGGAUGUGAAGAGAAAGGAGACAGUAGCCUCAUACCCAGGCAUUGAGGGUUACCUUUCUAAGGAGUGUGACAUAGCCUUCAACAGGCACUCAGCACUAAUUCAACACCUGCGAGUGCACACUGGAGAGAAACCUUAUGAAUGUGAAGAAUGUGGCAAGGCCUUUACUCACCAGUCACACCUUAACAGACAUCACAGAAUCCAUACUGGAGAGAAACCUUACCAAUGCAAAGAAUGUGGCAAGUCCUUUACUCAGCAGUCAGACCUCAACAAACAUCACAGAAUCCAUACUGGAGAGAAGCCUUACCAAUGCAAAGAAUGUGGCAAAUCCUUUACUUGCCAUGCAAGCCUUAUCCAACAUCUCCGAAUCCAUACUGGAGAGAAGCCUUACCAAUGCAACGAAUGUGGCAAAUCCUUUCCUCACCACUCAACACUUAUCCAACAUCUCCGAAUCCAUACUGGAGAGAAGCCUUACCAAUGCAAAGAAUGUGGCAAGGCCUUUACUUACCACUCAACCCUUAUCCAACAUCUCCGAACCCAUACUGGAGAGAAGCCUUACCAAUGCAAAGAAUGUGGCAAGGCCUUUACUCACCAGUCACACCUUAACAGACAUCACAGAAUCCAUACUGGAGAGAAACCUUACCAAUGCAAAGAAUGUGGCAAAUCCUUUACUCACCACGCAAGCCUUAUCCAACAUCUCCGAAUCCAUACUGGAAAGAAACGUUACCAAUGUAAAGAAUGUGGCAAAUCCUUUACUCUCCACUCAGGCCUUACCCAACAUCACCAAAUCCAUACUAGAGAGAAACCCUACAGAUAUGAGAAGUGCGGUGACAAAGUCUUCAACAGGCACUCAGCACUAAUUCAACAUCAGCGAGUGCACACUGGAGAGAAACCUUACGAAUGUGAAGAAGGUGGUAAAACCUUUAAUGAUGCCUCAUCAGUAAAUGUAUGUAGACUGAUCCAUAUAGGAGAGAAACCUUACGAAUGUGAAGAAGGAGGUAAAGCCUUUAAUGAUGCCUCAUCAGUAAAUGUACAUCACCGAACCCAUACUGGAGAGAAACCUUACCAAUGUACGGAAUGUGGCAAGUCAUUUACUCACCAUUCAGACCUUAACAGACAUCACAAAAUCCAUAGUGGAGAGAAGUCUUACCAGUGCAAAGAAUGUGGCAAAUCCUUUACUCAACACUCAAACCUUAUCCACCAUCUCCGAAUCCAUACUGGAGAGAAGCCUUACCAAUGUAAAGAAUGUGGCAAAUCCUUUACUCAAUACUCAAACCUUACCCAACAUCACAAAAUCCAUACCGGAGAGAAGCCUUACCAAUGCAAAGAAUGUGGCAAAUCCUUUACUCGCCACACAAGUCUUAUCCAUCAUCUCCGAAUCCAUACUGGAGAGAAGCCUUACCAAUGUAAAGAAUGUGGCAAAUCCUUUACUCAACACUCAAACCUUACCAACCAUCACAGAAUCCAUACUGGAGAGAAACCUUACCAAUGCAAGGAAUGUGGCAAAUCCUUUACUCGCCACGCAAGCCUUAUCCAACAUCUCCGAAUCCACACUGGAGAGAAGCCUUACCAAUGCAAAGAAUGUGGCAAAUCCUUUACUCAACACUCAAACCUUACCAACCAUCACAGAAUCCAUACUGGAGAGAAGCCUUACCAAUGUAAAAAAUGUGGCAAGUCCUUUACUCACCACUCAAGCAUUACCACACAUCACCAAAUCCAUACUAGAGAGAAACCCUACCAAUGUAACGAAUGUGGCAAGAUCUUUACCAAGCACGCACACUUUACUGGAUAUAAAAGAAUUCAUUCUGGAGAGAAAUGUUAGUAAUGUGAGUAACUUGCCAAAGCCUUUAUCCAACACUCACCUUAUUCAACAUCACAGAAUUCAUACUAGAUCGAAACUCUACAAAUGUUAGAAUAUGGCUAGAUCUUUACGUGACCUUUACACUUUACUUGACGUCACAGAAUUCAUACUAGAUGAAAAACUUCCCAAUGUAAAACAUGCAGUAUGGUCUUUAAUCACUUUUCAGCCUUUCCUCAGUAUCACAGAAUUCAUCCUGUAGCAACUCUUCCAAAUGUGAAGAAUGUAAGAAAGGUUUUGCGGACUGUUCACCCCUUGCUUCACAAUGCAAACUAGAUCCUGGAGAAUAACCACUGAAUAGGACAGCAUGUGGCAAGACUUCUAAGAACUCCUACACCCUGAAUCCUGAACAGAGAAGGAAUACUAGGGAAGAUGUUGUAAAUAUACAGAAUUUGGAGAGCAUGUUAAUUAGAGCUGAAGCUUCAUUCUACAUCACAGAAUUCAUCCUGGAGAAAAAACGUAAAAUGUAAAAAAUGACUGCUCAACCCUACUCAGGAUCGCAGACUUUAUCCUGAGGAGAAACUUUAGAAAGUAAAGAAUGUGUCCCACCGUUAGCUGGAACUCACAACUUGCUCAAUUCCAUAGCUAUCUUAGAGCAUAGAAAGAGAGAAAGAGAAGAGAGAAUUGCAGUGCUUACAAGUGGAGUUUGAUCCUUCAUCAAUACUUGAAAAAACACAUGAGAUUUAAAUCCUACAUCAUGACAUCAUGAAUGAGGCACGGCUUUCAUAUCCAGUGUACACCAGACAGUGCUUGAAAGAAGGUAUCAUUGAAGACAUAUUUAGAAAAAUAUAAUUGAACAUCAAAUGUCAAUAAAUGUCACCGAAUUCACAUUGGGAAGAAGUACAUCAGUCUCUAUUCAGAAAUAUAUCAAAAUACUGAUGAUAAUGAAUAAUACAAAGUUAAACUCGAUGUAUAUGCUCUUAUGCCUCAAAAGAUUAAAUGGAUUUGUUGACGGGAGCCAUUCUGACUCACAAGUUGAGAAUUCUCCUUGUGAGGUUAAGGAAGGUUUGCAAGGUCUCUUUCCAUCAGACGAUGACCCACUCAGUUGUUUUUGCUUGAGCACCAACACCCCCCCGCCCCACAAGGCCCCUUGUUGAUUGGUAUCUGGAGUGACGUGUCCCCUUAUUCGGGCCCUAAUACAUGCUGAUUGCACCUUGUGGAGGAACUUAUUAUAGGAACUUCUUUUGUGAAUAUGGAAGCAACCGUUGCAUUUCCUGAGAAUCCUGUUUUUCUUAGGCUUCUCAAGUAAACAGGCUAUUGACCUCUGCUCACAAAGAACUAACUUUUGCCUUUGCUAUGCUAGAAACAUUGUCUUCUAUUUGAAUGCUAAGGAUACCUUCCUGCCCAUAUGAUUAGCAUUAAUCAAUGUAAAUUAACAUUUACAUCAAUCAUUAUUGAUAAAGAUUAUGCAUGAAUCUUCUACAAAUCUAUGUUCUGGUAAAUUGUUACCUCUCAAAGAAUUUUAUCAUCAGAAAUCACUGUCUAAGACAAAUGCCACUAAUGUACUAUUCCCCAUACAUUUGACCAUAAAUAAAGCUGAGUCUCAGUCAGUGCGGAGAAGCCUGCCUGUUGAUCAGAAAGAA